AUGCCAGAAAACACCAUUUUUGAUUCCGUUACAGAUUCUAGCAAUGUAGGUGCUUUUAAAACCUACAAAUUGAAUGACAGUAAUGAAAAUUCAAAUGUGACCAUUCAUAGUAUAAGAAAACAGUUGAAUUUUCAUGACGAUAAAAAAUGGAAAAAUUUUAUCGAUAGAAGAUUGGAACUAAUAAAUCAACAUAACCUCGGUUUCUUGAAAGCCAGUCAACAAAGAUCGAAGGUAAAUUACAUUGCAGAUAUUUUAAGAGUUGAAUAUGGUUAUCCAGAGUCAACUUCUCUGCUUUUCGAAAAACUGGUAAUCAAUGGGAUUCAAUCAAUUAGAAGGAAUAGAAAACGUUGCAUUAAGAGAAACAGUGAAGGGAAUAGCACAGCAAGUUCAUUGGUACCAAAUUUGAACAGUAUGCACCAUGGAUUAAGUCCAUUGGAAAUCCCAAGCAAUGCAAUACCUUUCAUAGUUCCGAGUAAUGAACAAAACAGCUCAACAAGUUUGAGAAAUGAAAAUUCAAUGGCAUACACUUUUGUAAAUAAUUGUAACAAUGCCUUUGGUGCACCAAAUAUGGUGUUACCUCAAUCCUUGAAUGUGGCCAACAUUCAUAAACCGCCAUUUUAUGGUACCAUGAAUAUGAUGCCUAGUACAGAUAAUUACUUACUUCAUAAUCCAACGUUGAAUAGCAAUUUCAUGGACAUACCAAUGGCACAAUCACAGUUUCAACCAGAGGAGGCAUAUGAAAAAUUGAUUAAGGAUACUAUUUUGCAAAUGAUUAAUACUCUUGCACCAUUACAAAGGUCAGACAAAAAUGGCACUUUCCAGGACUUAACAGAAAGAAUAUACUUCUAUUGUAAACACUCCAUUACAUGUCAACAAAUAGCUCAGUCAAGAGAGCCGUUAUAUCAAUUUGAUGGUAUAAAAUUGAAAGGUGAAAUAUUCGUGAAAGAACUCACAUUAUCCACUGUAAAAGAAAAAUUUCCAUCCAUGCUCAAAACUCAAAUUAAUGAUUUCAUCAAUUAUUUAUUUUCCACUAAUUGGCUAGCACAAUUAUCAUCAAAUAUUUUACAACCACCUGUUGGAGAAGUUAGAGUCGCAGUUGGAAAACAUUUACUCUUCCUGGUUGUUGGCGCCAUCAUCCAUGAUUUGGGGGUUGAAAGUCUGAAUUAUCACUUAACUUCAGCAAUUUUUUAUCAAUUAUCUUUGACGUAUCCAACUUCUAACAUUGAAAAUGUAAGCAGUAUACUGCCGCUUCGGAAACCAGAUAAUGACGCUUCAAGAGGCAGUCCACAUCAAAGUUUGUUAAGUAUUACAGGACCAGAAUUGUACCAUGAACCAUAA